CUCACAUUGCUAGGCGAGGUGGUUUUUCUUUAGGAGAAGCGCAAGUGUUUUUCAAAGUAAGAUACAAGCAUCAGCAGCGUCAAAAACCACCGGGAUCCAAGUCUUGGCGGGAAGACGCCAGCGGUCGCGCUGCGGAAAGAUGUCUGGGUCCCGCGCGGAGGCUGAGCAGAAGGGGGGCUCCAGACAGCGACUUCAGGUGAAUGUGAAUGAAUAUAAGGAAAACCAAAACAUUGCUGAUACAUCUCUGAGACCGGUACAGACUACAGUUUUAGGAAAAACAGCUAAGGUGUAUCUUGUCCCCUUUACACUCAGUAACUACAAUACAGGCCAACUUAAGUGCCCCAAAUCUCUAUUAGAUAAGAAUUCUAACAAUGAAGUGACAUGUAAGAAAUCUAAGAAAGCUGAAAUAAAGAAAACUUGCAGAAGGAUUUUAACUCCAAAGAUGGAAGCCACAUCUUCCAAGGAAGAAUCCACUCUGCAAAAAUCAUACUUGGAUGUUCAUGCUGAAAGCAAGUGGCAGUACAAGAGCCCUUCAGAUACAGUGGUUCUCAGUCCUGAUACAGAAAGCAGCCAGGAAGGAGACAGCGAUGAAGACACCACACCAGGCCUGGAUGAUUUUUCAGAACUGUCACCAUACGAAAGGAAGAGACUGAAGAACAUAUCAGAAAAUGCAAACUUUUUUGCUUCUCUUCAGUUGUCUGAGUCAGCUGCAAGGCUCCGAGAAAUGAUAAAGAAGAGACAGCCUCCUGAAUCCAAAAGGAAGAAACCCAAGAAAAAAGAAAAUGGAACUGGAUGUAGAAGGUCAAUGCGAUUACUAAAAGUUGAUCCUUCAGGAGUCCCAUUGCCAGUAGCCCCAACCCAGACCGAAUUAGAAGUAGAUGAAAAUCCUUUGAUACCUCCUGGGCCUUUAGAAAUGACUCCUGAAAAUCGAGAUGAUGACAAUGAACUAUUCAAAGGAUUUUUGCAGACUUGGGCAGAAAUGAGCAAGACAAGAAGUAAAAACACUAAGAAAGAAUUAUCUAACAUUAAAAGCUACAAAGUCAAUUUAAAUGGCAUGGUCAUUAGUGAAGAUACUGUCUGUAAAGUUACCAGAGGCUCAGUUUCCUCAAUGGCCAUCCACCCGUCGGAAAUGAGAACUUUGGUGGCAGCUGGGGCCAAAUCUGGGCAAGUUGGACUUUGGGAUUUGACUCACCAACCUAAAGAGGAUGGAGUUUAUCUUUUUCAGCCCCACAGUCAACCGGUCAGCUGUCUUUACUUCUCACCUGCCAAUCCGGCUCACCUACUGUCACUGAGCUAUGAUGGCACAUUACGCUGUGGGGAUUUUCCCAGGGCUGUUUUUGAAGAGGUAUAUAGAGAUGAAACAAGAAGCUUUUCCUCCUUUGACUUCUUGACAGAAGAUGCCUCCACUUUAAUAGUAGGUCACUGGGAUGGAAGUAUGUCACUAGUGGAUAGGCGGACUCCUGGAACGUCUUGUGAGAAACUUAUCAAAUCAUCUUUGAGCAAAAUAAGAACUGUUCAUGUGCACCCAGUGCAGAGACAGUAUUUUAUCACCGCAGGAUUAAGGGACAUUCAUAUUUAUGAUGCAAGAUGCCUGAAGCCCAGUAGAAACCAGCCUUUGAUUUCUUUAACUGAACACACAAAGAGCAUCGCUUCAGCCUAUUUUUCACCUCUUACUGGUAACAGAGUAGUAACCACAUGUGCUGAUUGUAAGCUGAGAAUCUUUGACAGCAGCUGUAUAUCCUCGAAGAUUCCUCUUCUUACCACCAUCAGGCACAACACCAUCACCGGGCGAUGGCUGACCAGGUUCCAGGCCGUGUGGGACCCUAAGCAGGAAGACUGUGUCAUAGUUGGCAGCAUGGCCCAGCCACGGCGAGUGGAGAUCUUCCAUGAGACAGGAAAGUGGGUGCACUCUUUUCUGGGUGGAGAAUGCCUUGCCUCUGUGUGUUCCAUCAAUGCUAUGCACCCAACUCGGUAUAUUUUGGCUGGAGGUAAUUCCAGUGGGAGGGUACAUGUUUUUAUGAACUAA